UAUGCCUAAAAUCAUAGUUAUUUUUUUUUCUCUAAAGCCAACUAUUCAUUUUCGUUGGAAUAAUCUCUGAGAGUUGAGUGAGAAGACUCUACGAUUUGAGAGAAGGGUAGACAUGAAACAAUAAAGUAGCUAUUAUCAUCUUUUUCUUCCAAUCGUAUCAAUAAUCAUCUUCUCUUUCGUAAUUUCCACAAGAUUUGAAGUUAUUACCCUACAUCUGAUACAUUCUCUGAUAAGUGGUUAGGACAUAUUUCAGAAGUACAACGAAAUGGAAUUGUAAUGAUAAUUAAAGAGAAUGAAUGUGGCUGCUAGCAACGGUGUGAUGGUUGUGCAAGGAGGAUGUUUAGCACUGUCUAGUUGGUGUUCUCAACACCAACUGAGAAGAGAGGAAGUAGAGACGGCAGUACAAGUUGUAUGAGUAGUUUGAGAAGAAAGAUGAAGUUGCUGCUAUAACUGAAGUGGUGAGAACUGUUUCCAUGGAAGUGUGAGCGUGAUUGAAGAGUCCUGACUUAAUUUAGAUGCUGAAGACAAGCACGGGACAAACAAGGUUCUGUAAUAGUUUGGGAGACCCAUCUGUAGGAUAAAGAACAUCCCACUCAAUAAAAUGCUGGUACGUAUACAUAGUUACGCACCGAUUAUUAGUUUUUGCUUGAGUUAGGGGAAUUUUUGUAUAGCGUCGUUAAGUUUUGAUCAUUUUAAGUGGAAGAGUUGGAUAAUGAACUUCAAAGACUUGUAUUACUACAAUGGAAACAAACUCCCUUUUGCUGCAGCUCAGAUUGGCCAAGCUUUCAGAAAUGAGAUAUCUCCUCGUCAAGGUCUUUUCCGAGUUCGUGAAUUCACUCUAGCUGAGAUUGAGCAUUUUGUCGACCCAGAGGACAAAUCUCAUCAUAAGUUUAGCGAGGUUGUAGACUUGGAGUUGUUGAUGUUUCCAAGGGAAGAACAAAUGCCAAGGAAAGAUGCUGUUAAGCUUCGCCUUGGUGAUGCAGUAUCAAACAGAACUGUGAACAACAAAACUCUUGGUUACUUCAUUGGGAGGGUAUAUCUGUUCCUCACACUCCUUGGGAUAAAUAAAGAACUUCUACGGUUCCGGCAACAUCGUGCAACUGAGAUGUCUCACUAUGCGGUAGAUUGUUGGGAUGUUGGGAUUAAAUGCUCUUACGGCUGGAUGGAGUGUGUUGGUAUUGCUGAUAGAUCUGCAUUCGACCUACGUGCUCACUCAGAAAAAAGUGGUACUCCCUUUGUUGCUUAUGAGAAGUUUGCAGCACCAAAAGAAGUGGAGGUAGCCUUCCCUAUUAUCAUUGACAUGUGCGGAUUUCAGUUUGUGAUAAUGAAUGCAUUCGAUUGUGUUAAUAUAUCUUAAUAUUCAAUUUC